AUGCAACGACCUGAACGUCUUGGCAAAGUUGACGGUAGAGCACCUCUGAUCCAAUUCCAAGUUAACAACAGAGCUCACAGUCUAGGGUACUAUCUCGUCGACGGUAUUUAUCCUCGAUGGGCGACUUUCUUGAAAACUGUUCGAAAUCCUAAACGCCCCAAGGAAAUCGAGUUUGCAAAGGCUCAAGAGGGGUAUAGGAAUGAUGUAGAAAGGUGUUUUGGUAUAUUACAGUCACGGUUUGGUAUUGUUAGAGGAGCUGCUCGUGGGUGGCAUAAAGAGGACCUUCGAUACAUUAUGUUGACGUGUAUUAUAUUACACAACAUGAUUGUCGAAAAUGAACGACCUGAAGACAGCAAUGAUGAGUUGGAGUCCGAUGAUGAGGAGGAUAACAAUAUGAGGCCCAGGAUUGCUGAGGUAUGGGAGGGACCAACCGGUAGAGACUUCGAUCCUGUUUGUAGAGAUGCUCAUCAUAUGAACGGAUUCAUGGACCGCUACCAACAAAUUAGAUCUGAGCACAGUCACUCCAACCUUUAG